AUGCCUGCAGGAGCCUGGAUUAUGAAUAAGCUUUAUACCUUGGGAAAUGGAUUUUACGACAUGACCAUGACCAAGCAAUCGGAUCGUGUAAAAUAUAAAUACGAAAAGAAGAUGAAACAAGUUGAAAAGUUUGUUAGUGAAGAUGGUGCCAUCAAAUCUCACUCGAUCGAUCAAAAGAAAGUGAUCAUCACCUUCGACAAUUCUCGUUUGACUUUGCGUUGUAUUGACAAUAUUGUUUGGAAGGUUUCAUUCAUGCCAAAAGAGUCGGUUGAAUAUCCAUCACUAGUAGUUUCCGAUGAUGCUCUUAAUUUUGUAAAUAUUAUUGUUGAUGAGGAGAAUGAAGAUUUUAUUACAUUCAAACCAGCUGACAGUGCAUUGACCAAACUCAAACUCAACAAGAAGAAUCUUUCCAUUGAUAUCCUGACACAAUUUACCAAUGACCAAUAUACUACUGCUUUCAGUAAUAUCAAGGUUGCAACCAGACCAAAGGAUGAACAAGCAACUAAUAUUUCCUUUGGAUAUAAUGUUUCAACUGUAAAGAGUGUUUCAAAUGAUUGGUUUGGUCUGGGAGAAAAGUCCAACUCUGUCAAGAAGAAUGGUAAAAAAUACUUGUUCUGGAAUUGGGAUUCAUUUGCUUAUCAGAGUGAAACUGAUCCACUUUAUCAAAGCAUUCCUUUCGGUAUUGUCUCAUCUAAAUUUGAAAUUGAUCAAGGAAAAACAGAGAGAAGAUUUAAUGGUAUCUUUAUUGACAAUUAUGGUAUGCAACAAUGGGAUUUAACUUCAGAAGAACAUUUUUCCGCCAAUCUUGAAAGCUUCCCAUGUAAUGUUUACUUUAUGGCUAAUAAUGCCAAGACACCAUUCAAUAUUUCAAAGACCUAUGAACAAUUGACUGGUGCCAAUCCAAUGGUUCCAUUGUGGGUUUUAGGUUAUCAUCAAUGUAGAUGGUCCUACUAUCCAGAUACUCAAGUCAAGGAAAUUGCUCAAGAAUUCCUCGAUCGUGACAUUCCUUGUGAUGUCAUUUAUUUGGACAUUGAUUAUAUGGAUGGUUAUAGAGAUUUUACAUGGAGUAAGACUGAUUUCCCAAAUCCAAGAGAAUUACUUAAAUGGCUUCACGAAAGAAAAUUCAAAGUGGUCACAAUUUUAGACCCAGGUGUCAAGGUUGAUUCCAAUUAUGAUGUCUACAAGACUGGGGUUGAAGGAAAUCAUUUCUGUGCCUAUCCUAACGGUAAACUCUAUGAAGGUGUUGUUUGGCCUGGUGCUACUCACAUGCCUUCCUAUACUUCUGAACCAGUUAGAAAGUGGUGGGCUGAUUGGUAUAAGGGACUCAUUGAAGAUGGUGUUGAUGGUUUCUGGAAUGACAUGAACUGUCCAUCAGUUAAAGUCAAUCCAAUAGAAGCUGGUACCAUGGAUGACAAUGUUUUACAAGUUAUGGAUGCACCUUAUCCAAGUCCACAAAUGCACAAGGAUAUUCACAACUUUUAUGGUAGUUCCAUGGCUAUUGCAAGUAGAGAGGGUAUUGAAAAAUUCCAAAGACCACUCAAUAGAAGAUCAUUCCUCUUUGCCCGUGCUUGUUUUGCAGGUAUUCAAAAACAUGCUGGAUCUUGGAGUGGUGACAAUAUGUCUACAUUUGAACAUUUAGCAAUUUCUUUGAGAUUAUUAAUGGGACAAUCAAUUUGUGGUCAACUCAUGGUUGGUGCUGAUAUUGGUGGAUUCAGAUGGAAUUGUUUCCCUGAAUUGUAUGCACGUUGGAUUGCAUUUGGUUCCAUCUUUUAUCCUUAUUGUAGAUCUCACACUGACAAGUUCACUAUUCAACAAGAACCAUGGUCUUUUGGUGAACAAGUCGAAGCCAUCUCAAAGAAGUUUAUCAAACUCAGAUAUCAAUUAAUGCCAUACUUGUACACAGCCUCUGUUCUCCACAGUAAGAGAUCAAUGCCAAUGAUUAGACCACUAUUCUAUGAUUUCUCAAGCGAUGAAGAAUGUUACAAUCAAGAAUGGUUAGAUACACAAGGUAUGAUUGGUAAUGCUCUUAUGGUGGCUCCAAUCUUACAUGAAAAACAAACUUCCAGAAAGGUCUACUUGCCUAAACUUGAAGAAGAAAAGUGGUACGACUUUUUCAAUCCAGCCAAUUCAUAUGAAGGUGGACAAGUUAUCACUGUUGAAGCUCCUUUGGAUCAUUUACCAGUUUUUGUUAAGGGAGGUUCAGUCAUUCCAAUGAGACAAACUCAUGCUCAAUCAGUUUAUGAUUUACAUUUGGUUGACUUGACUUUCAAAUCUUUCGGAAGUAUUGUUACCUCACAACAAAACUACCUCUACUUGGAUGAUGGUAUCAGUUUGGAUUAUGAAAAUGGAUUGUAUGGUUUCUACCAAAUUGAAGAUGCUAAUGGUACCCUCAAAUUAUUGGAAGGUAAUGGUUUCCCAACACGCUUGGAGAUUGGAAAGGACUUUGAAAAUCUUGAACAGUUCACUGCCAAAUUCUAUUAAACAAAUAUAUUCAAUCCAAUAAUUAUUAUUAGUGAGAGAAGAAUAAAAACUCUUUAUAAAUUUAGAUAUUGCUCCUAA